AUGCUCUCUUUGCAGGUGUCCUGUCUCUGUGGCUCUGCUCCAUGCCUGCUCUGUGGCUGCUGCCCCUCGGCCAAGAACUCCACCAUUUCUCGCCUCCUCUUCACCUUCUUCCUCUUCCUUGGCACCCUUGUGUCCAUCAUUAUGAUAAUCCCUGGUGUGGAGAAGGAGCUGCACAAGCUCCCUGGCUUCUGUGAAGGCAGUGGCUCAGUGCUGGGAGUCCAAAGCCACGUGGACUGUGGCAGCUUCCUGGGCCACAAGGCUGUGUACCGCAUGGGCUUCGCCUUGGCUGCUUUCUUCUUCCUCUUCGCGGUGCUCAUGGUGUGCGUGCGCAGCAGCAAGGACCCUCGAGCUGCUGUGCAGAAUGGCUUCUGGUUCUUCAAGUUCCUGGCCCUGGUGGGGAUCACAGUGGGAGCUUUCUACAUCCCUGAUGGUGCCUUCACCUCGGUCUGGUUUUACUUUGGUGUGGUUGGCUCCUUCCUCUUCAUCCUCAUCCAGCUCAUCCUCCUCAUCGACUUUGCCCACUCCUGGAGCCAAGUGUGGCUGCACAACGCGGGCGAGGGCAACGCCAAGGGCUGGUAUGCAGCCCUCUGCACUGUCACCUUCAUCUUCUAUGCUGCCUCCGUAGCGGCCGUAGCGCUGCUCUAUGUCUACUACACCAAGCCUGGGGCUUGCACGGAGGGUAAGGCUCUCAUCAGCAUCAACCUCAUCCUCUGCUUCAUCGUCUCUGUUGUGUCCAUCCUGCCCAAGAUCCAGGAGGCUCAGCCACACUCAGGGCUGCUGCAGGCAUCACUCAUCACCCUCUACACCAUCUACGUCACCUGGUCUGCCCUGGCCAACGUGCCAAUCCAGAGCUGUAACCCCACACUGCUGGUGAGGAACAACACUGGCUCAGCCACAGCCACCCAACCACUGACAACCUGGUGGGAUGCCCCGAGCAUCGUGGGGCUGGUCAUCUUCAUCCUCUGCACCCUCUUCAUCAGCCUUCGCUCCUCAGACCACCCUCAGGUGAACAAGCUGAUGCUGACAGAGGAGAGCACCGAGGCUGGGGCAGAGGCUGCGGUGGAGAGCGGAGUGCACCGCGCCUACGACAACGAGCAGGAUGGUGUCUGCUACAACUACACCUUCUUCCACAUCUGCCUCCUCCUCGCCUCUCUCUACAUCAUGAUGACCCUCACCAACUGGUACAGGCCAGAUGAGAGCUUGCAGGUGUUGAAGAGCCCCUGGACUGCUGUGUGGGUGAAGAUCUGCUCCAGCUGGGCUGGGCUCCUGCUCUACCUCUGGACAUUGGUGGCUCCACUGGUGUUGCCAGACCGGGACUUCAGCUAA